CGCGGCGGUGACGCGCGGCGGCGGGAGUUGCAGAGGCGCGCGCGUUUCUGCUCCGGCCUGGUGCGUGACGGCCGUGCGGGGCUGACCCCGAGGACCCUCCCGUGUCCUCCGUGUGCCGCCCGCCCGCGUCCCCGUCGGCUUGUCACGGUUCAGAGGGGGCUGCGGGCUGCGGGCUGCCGGGCCGCGCUGGUGCCCGGCAGGGAGGACAGGGCCGCCGCGGACCCCGCCGGCCCCGCCCCGCGGCUGUCAGGCCCGGGAGCCGGCGGGGUGGGCAUGGCCAGCAUCACCCAGCUGUUCGACGACCUGUGCGAGGCCCUCCUGCCGGCGGCCAGGGCUCACCUGGGCCAGCGCGGCCCGAGCCGCCGGCGGGCGAAGCAGAGCCUCAAGCGGGUGGCCUACAACGCCCUCUUCACGCACCUCUUCCAGGAGGAGCCUCCGGGGCGGCCGCCCGACCCCUCGAGGCUCCCGGUGAAGAACAAGAUCCUCAUGCUGUCAUUUGACCUGCGCGUGGGCGGCCUGGGGCCCGAGGCCGACCGCCUGGAGGCGCUGGUGGAGCAGCUCGAGGCGGCCCCUGGCUGCCCGCUGGCGGAGCUGGACUCAGCCCUGGACCUGCUGGUCCGGCUGGCGGGCACCGGGCCCCCGCAGCCACUGCCCCGCCGGCGGGACUACUUCCUGAACAACAAGCACGUGGGGAGGAACGUGCCCUACGGCGGCUACGACUGCUACGACCUGAGCGUGUUUGAGAUGGACGUGCAGUCGCUGAUCUCCAGAGAGGAGUACUUGUGCCAGGACAUGAUCCAGAAAGCGCUUCAGGUGAUGGAGGCGACGCCGGGCACCGGCCUGCCCACGGCCCGGCUCUUCUCCUACGGAGACCCUUGUGGUGACAGGUUCGAGAGAGACACCCGCGUCUCGCUGUUCGGAGCCCUCGUGCACAGCCGCACCUACGACAUGGAUGUCCGGCUGGACUUGCCCCCCGUGCCGGACAGCGCAGGCCUCUCUGGGCUGGCCAUCAAGGUGCCUCAGAGCGUGGAUCCGUCCGAAGACGAAGGGUUCCAGUCGGCAUCCAAUUUGACUCCCGACUCCCAGUCUGAGCACGGCACGACCCCGGAGAUCGACCCAUGGGACGCGGUGCUCACCUACGAGGCCAGCAGGCGGCGGUGCUGGGAACAGGUCGGCUGCCCGCCUGGCCACAGAGAAGAGCCCUACCUCACGGAGGCGGGAAGGGACGCCUUCGACAGCUUCUGCAGGCUGUGCUGCGGGGAGCUGCAGGCGCUGGGCGGGGGCCCGCCGGCCGCGCCGCCCCUGCUGGUGCCAGAGUGCGAGCUGGUGAAGGACGUGCUGAAUGUCUUGAUUGGGGUCAUGUCGGCCACGUUUCCCCUCUGCCAGCCGGCUCAGGCCUUCGGGGUGAAGCAGGGCACCCACGUGUCGGGAACGUCGCCGGAGAGCAUCAGCAGCCUCCUCUCGGAGGUGGCCGUGUGCGGGACCCACUACGCCCGCCUGAGCCACUUCUCCCUGCAGCCCGUGCUGGACGCCUCCUGCAGCAAGGGCCUCGUGUUCCAGGCCUUCACCAGCGGCCUGAGGCGGUACCUGCAGUAUUACCGGGCGUGUGUGCUCUCCACCCCGCCCACUCUGAGCCUCCUCACCAUUGGCUUUCUCUUCAAGAAGCUGGGCCGGCAGCUCAGGUACCUGGCUGAGCUCUGUGGUGUGGGCACCUGCGGAGGAGAGGCCCGGGCUCCCUUCCCCACGGGCGUGAAGCUGCUCUCCUACCUCUACCAGGAGGCCCUGGACAACUGCAGCAACGAGCACUACCCGGUGCUGCUGUCGCUGCUCAAGACUAGCUGCGAGCCCUACACCCGGUUCAUCUACGACUGGGUGUACAGUGGGGUCUUCAGAGACGUGUACGGCGAGUUCAUGAUCCAGGUGAACCACGACUACCUGGGCUUCAGAGACAAGUCCUACUGGACCCACGGCCACGUGCUCCUCUCCAAGGAGGCCGAGGACUGUGUGCCCGCCUUCCUGAAGCACAUCGCCCAUGACGUGUACGUCUGCGGGAAGACCAUCAACCUGCUGAAGCUCUGCUGCCCCCGGCAUUAUCUCUGCUGGUCUGACGUCCCCGUGCCCCGGAUCUCGGUGAUUUUCAGCCUUGAGGAGCUGAAGGAGAUUGAGAAGGACUGUGCCAUCUACGUGGGGCGGAUGGAGAGGGUGGCGCGCCACAGCUCCAUCAGCAAGGAGGAGAAGGAAUUGCGAAUGGAGAUUGCGAAGCAGGAGUUAAUCGUCCAGGCCCGAGAAGCGGCGUCCAGGGUCCUGAGUGCGCUGAGCGACCGGCAGAUGUCGGAACGGAUGGCCUUGGACGCCCGGAAGCGAGAGCAGUUUCAGAGGCUGAAGGAGCAGUUUGUGAAGGACCAGGAGCGACGCCGGGCAGCCCGGCAGGAGGAGCUGGAUGAUGACUUCAGCUACGCCCGAGAGUUCCGGGCCCGGGAGCGGAGGCUGCAGGCCCUGGAGGAGCAGCUGGAGAGGAAGGCGAGGCAGGCGCUGGUUGACCAUUAUAGCAAGUUGUCUGCAGAGGCAGCCCGUCGGGAGCAGAAGGCGCUGUGGAAGAUCCAGAGGCACAGGCUUGCGAGCACACGAGCUCGCUUUCUCUUAGAAGAUGAGGAGCACAUUCAGGCCAUGCUGAGAGACGCGUCCGAAGGGAGGCCCCCAGAGCCGCCGGCAGUGCGCCCCAGUGCAUGCUCCCAGGCCUCGUCUCUGGGCCCUGGGCACCCUGAUGGAGGUGGCAGCUGUGAUUCUGGGUCUGCAGAGCAGCACGUGGCUGCCUGGGAUGGCCCAGGCCAGCCAAGGGAGCUGACGCCGCAGCCCCCCACACCCCCAGCACUGGGGGCCUGCAGCGGCUCAGAGCUGGGAGCAGGCCUGCAGCCAGGGCAGGCCCAGGGGCCGGGGCUGUUCUCUGCAGGCCUCAGUAUCCAAGAUUUCCUGCCCGCGGGCCCGGCUGCUGAGCAGCCUGAGGACACUGGGGUGGCCCCUGUCUUGGAGGAGGCCCUGCAGACCAUCGGCUCAGAUUUGCGUGCCUCUGAGUCAUCAGCCACAGCGGGCACAGGCUGCUCUGGGCCACAGGAGUACGAUUUCAGAACUGUCCUGAGGCCAGCUCUGGUCACCUCGGCCCCAGGGUCCCUCCAGACUAUGGGAGGCAGCUUAGGCUGCGAGGGGCCGCAGCUGUGGGGAGACACUCACGUGUGUACGCUGGACACCAGUGUCCCGGAUGGGCAGGUGGCUCUGCCUCACCCAUGCCCACCCAGGAAUAGCCUCCCCCAGGAGGGGAGUAGCCAGGCCAUGGGACAGCCUCUUGGGCAUGUGUCUGAGGGUAGUAGUCUCACAGGGAGUUAUACUCAUGGAACGGCCCCCUCCCGGCCACACUGGAACGUCCACGGACACGUGUCUGAUGCCAGCAUCAAGGUGGGGGAGAACGUGUGGGACGUGGCAUCCUCCAGGCCACGCUGGAACGCCCACGGACACGUGUCUGAUGCCAGCAUCAAGGUGGGAGAGAACGUGUGGGACGUGGCACCCUCCCGGCCACGGUGGAACGUCCAUGGACACGUGUCUGAUGCCAGCAUCAAGGUGGGGGAGAACGUGUGGGACGUGGCACCCUCCCGGCCACGGUGGAAUGUCCACGGACACGUGUCUGAUGCCAGCAUCAAGGUGGGGGAGAACGUGUGGGACGUGGCACCCUCCCGGCCACGCUGGAACGUCCACGGACACGUGUCUGAUGCCAGCAUCAAGGUCGGGGAGAACAUGUGGGACGUGGCACCCUCCCGGCCACGCUGGAACGUCCACGGACACGUAUCUCAGUCCCACGUGCUGCUGGGAGCACCCCCGGGGGAAACCCAGCAUGAUACACCCAGGCCCCUUCAGAGCUCCCCCGACCACAUGUCCCAGCCAGGCCUCAGCCUGGGCACCCAGAGCCCUACCUGGGAACACGGUUCACAGCUGUUGGCAGAACCGGCCGUGGCCAGCUCCUGCACGCCGGUGGGUGGCUCUGGGGAAGAAGGUGGCCUCCAGGCCCUGCCGGGUGCUGAGGCGGGACCCAGUGCUGUGGGAGGCAGCACCUGUGAGCCAGGCCCAGGGAGGAGCGGGGACACUGAGGACAGCUCUUCCAGUCAGCCUGCAGGCUCCCAGGAAUGCGCAGCCACCCCAAGCAGCCCGGGCCUGGAAGAGGAGAUGGAAGACAGGCGCCAGGACAGGGAGCAGGCCUACCUGGCAGGCCUGGUGGAGCAGUACCACCUGGAGCAGUACCCGGACAGCUACGAGGCCAUGUCAGAGCCUCCGGUGGCACGCCUCCUACAUCACGGGCUUCCCCGGGCCUUCUCCCUCCCUGAGGACAACCGGGGCCCGUCGGACACGGAGGAGACCACGGAGGAGACCGCCGUGCAGCUGAGCGAGCUGCUGCCGCUGCCUGUGCUCAUGAAGCACUCGGUCACUGCGCCGCUGGCCGCCCACGUGUCCCUGGUGAACAAGGCUGCCGUGGACUACUUCUUCGUGGAGCUGCAGCUGGAGGCGCACUUCGAGGCGCUGCGGCACUUCCUGCUGAUGGAGGACGGCGAGUUCGCGCAGUCCCUGAGCGACUUGCUCUUUGAGAAGCUGGGCGCAGGGCAGACGCCCGGGGAGCUCCUCAACCCGCUGGUGCUCAACGCGGUGCUGCGCAAGGCGCUGCAGUACAGCUUGCACGGCGACUCCCCGCUCGCCGCCAACCUCUCCUUCGCCCUCAAGUUCCUGCCGGAGGCCUUCGUCCCCAACGCUCCGGACGUGCUGAGCUGCCUGGAGCUCAGGUACAAGGUUGACUGGCCCCUCAACAUCGUCAUCACCGAGAGCUGCCUGAGCAGGUACAGCGGCAUCUUCUCCUUCCUGCUGCAGCUGAAGCUCAUGAUGUGGACGCUCAAGGACGUCUGUUUUCACCUGAAGCGCACAGCUCUCGUGAGCCCCGCAGCUGGCUCCGUGCAGUUCCGGCAGCUGCAGCUCUUCAAACACGAGAUGCAGCACUUUGUGAAGGUCAUCCAGGGCUACAUCGCCAACCAGAUCCUGCAUGUCACCUGGUGUGAGUUCCGGGCCCGGCUGGCCACAGUGGGGGACCUCGAGGAGAUCCAGCGCGCCCACGCCGAGUACCUGCACAAGGCCGUCUUCCGGGGCCUGCUGACAGAGAAGGCGGCUCCCGUCAUGAACAUCAUCCACAGCGUCUUCAGCUUGGUCCUUAAGUUCCGCAGCCAGCUCAUCUCCCAGCCCUGGGGCCCAGCCGGCGGCCCCCACGGCGCCGAGCACCCCAACUUUGCUCUCAUGCAGCAGUCCUACAACACCUUCAAGUACUACUCCCACUUCCUUUUCAAAGUGGUGACCAAGCUGGUGAACAGAGGAUACCAGCCCCACCUGGAGGACUUCCUGCUGCGCAUCAACUUCAACAACUACUACCAGGACGCCUAGCUGCUCGCCUGGGUGCAGGCCAGUUAAGGUGCCUCUGGGGCAGGUCCCAGGGGUGGGCUGGGUAGAAUGACCACACACAGAUGGGCCUUGGAGCUGCUGUUUAUUUAGGGGCUGUUCCGAGAAGCAGGGGCCUGCAGCGCUCCCAGGCUGCCAUGGGGGCUGUGGCUGCUGGGUCCUCCUGGGUCUGGCCCCUCUGCUGCCCUGUCCUUGCGCGAAGCAGCUUUUCAUGGGGAGCAUGCUGCUGUGCUGGGCUGCUGAGUCGGUGUCAGACAGAGACGGGUCAGGUCCUGACUGGACGUCCCUGCCGUCAUGGAGAGACGGGGUGGGCUGCUCGCUGCUGGGCACCGCCUCAUGGACUCGGGGUCAACUUGCCUCGGGGCCUCGGCCACCAAGGCGGUUACGAAGAUCACGUCACACACAGCUCCGCGGCCCAGAGCGGGGGCUUGCUGCUGUAGGAGCGGCGCCUCUCUGCUGGGCUGCCGGCCCCCUCGGGCUCGGCGGCCUCCGGGACCUCGGCGGCCUCCCCCUCCCUGUGGUACGGGGCCUCCAGCAGCUUCAGCACCCGUCGCACCUGGAGAGGAGCAAGGGGGGGUUAUGGGGACCCUCCCUCCCUGGCCCAGCCCCUCCUGCAGGACCCAGGGGAGGAGGGACGGGUGUGUCCUUGCCUCUGAGAAGUCUCCGUUCUCGGCAGCCUCGAUGGCGUUCUGCGCGAUGUAGUUCCGCAGCACGUACUUGGGGUUGUUGGCAUGCAUGACACGCGUGCGCUCAGCCUGCCAGGCGCCCUGGUCAGCGGCACCCGCCCUGUCCUCCUCCAGCCUGGCCCUGCAACCACAAGCCCACCUUGGCAGCAGCCUCGGCUCCCACCUCCCCCGUCGGGCUCCCCGAGAUGGUGCCCCGGCAGGCACACUGUGCCCGUCAUGCACGCUCGGCCGGCUCACCUGUACGCCUGGAGCCAGUCCGCCCAGUGGCCCCUGUUCCUGCUCAGCAGCUCGGCCGGGCUCAGCUGCUCCAGCCGCGACUGCUGCUCCACGCGCUCCAGCUCCUUUGUGACGUUGGCCCGGGUGCCGAUCAGCGCAAAGAGCUGCGGGUUUGACUGCGCCAGCAUCAGCAUCAUGGAGAGCUGCCUGGGUGGGGAGUGGCUGUGAGCGUGUCCAGGAGGCUGCAGCGCCCUCCCUGGCUGUGCACAUAGCCUGGGACUCUGAACAUCUGGCUGCCCCAGAGGGAUGGCCUCAGCGGCCCUGCUGCACCCCACUACAGCCUGACUGAAGGGGAGCCCAGCCCCAGUGGAUGAGGUAGUUGUGGGCACCUGCCAGCGGGCCACCCUGUUCAGCAGCCCCUCCAUGUGAUGGGACACAGUUGCACCCAAGGACGUGCCACAGACUGACUCAGGCGGCCCUAGGGUGGGCAAGGCACCGUCUCUGCCCCCACCCAGCACUGACUGCUGGGAGAAGCUCACUGAAGUCAGGGGCAGGUCCUGCCAGCAGUCCACCUGGGUCCCGAGGCCCUGCACGGCCGCAUUAAAUUCCUCUGGCCAGUCUACAGGCUUGUUUAUUGAAAUGUGCCACCAC